AUGCCGCCCAUCUACCAGACCGCCACCUUCCAGCAGCCGGGCGCGGUGGAGAUGGGCGAGUACGACUACAGCCGCUCCGGCAACCCCACCCGCACCGUGCUGGAGCGGCAGAUGGCGCUGCUGGAGGGCGCGGAGCGGGCGUUUGCCUUCAGCAGCGGCAUGGCGGCGCUGGCGGCGGUGACGCGGCUGCUGUCUGCGGGGGACCACGUGGUGGCCGGGGACGACCUGUACGGGGGCACCAGCCGGCUGCUGUCGCGGGUCGUGCCCAGCGCGGGCGUCCUGGUCAGCAACGUCGACACAUCAGACCUGGAGGCUGUGCGCGCGGCCAUCAUCCCCGGCCAGACGCGGCUGGUGAUGCUUGAGUCGCCCACCAACCCGCGCAUGCAGAUCUGCGACAUACCCGCCAUCUGCGAGCUGGCGCACGCCGCGGGCGCCCUGGUUUGUGUGGACAACUCCAUCCUCACCUGCCUCUACCAGCGGCCGCUGGACCUGGGGGCAGACAUCGCCAUGACCUCAGCCACCAAGUUCAUCGGCGGCCACUCCGACGUCACCGCCGGCAUCCUGGCUGUGCGUGACAAGGAGCUGGCCGACCGCAUCUACUUUGUCCAAAAUGCAGAGGGCACCGCGCUGGGGCCCUUUGACUGCUGGCUGCUGGUGCGGGGCAUCAAGACCAUGGCGCUGCGUAUGGAGCGCCAGGUGGCCAACGCACAGCGCAUCGCCGAGUGGCUGGCGGCGCACCCCGCGGUGCACCGUGUCAACUACCCAGGCCUGGCAGACCACCCGGGCAAGGAGGUGCACGACCGGCAGGCCGCCUCCGCGGGCAGCAUCAUCUCUUUCAUCACGCAAGACGCGCGGCUGUCGCGCGCCGUGUGCGAGGAGACCGAGCUCUUCAAGAUCACGGUCAGCUUUGGCAACGUCCGCUCCCUCAUCAGCAUGCCCUGCUUCAUGAGCCACGCCUCCAUUCCUGCCGAGGUGCGCGCCCAGCGCGGCCUCCCAGACGACCUUGUCCGCAUCUCAGUGGGCAUUGAGGAUGUGGAGGAUUUGCUGGCAGACCUUGACCAAGCCUUCCAAAAGGCGGCGGCGGCGGCGGCGGCAGCAGCAGGCCCAGCGCCUGCCGAGGCGGCCCUCCCCAGCUGA